GCUCCCCCCCUCGACGCGGGGCUCUGACCAGUCAGUCGCCUUUGAUUAUCAGUCGCCAGCAGCCCCUCUCUUGGCUCCUUGACACGAGCACCAUAUAAGGCGCAGCGAUCUCCAUAGAAACGUGUCAGUUUCAAUAGUAGUGUCAAAGUUCACUAUAUACAGACAUUCGCGCAGAUCCCCGGUUCGGAAACAUUGCUCUGCUGCUCUUCCCGUUCAAACGCAUUCAUUCUGGGUCUCUCUCCUCCUUGCAUAUUCUAUUAGUUGUUUUUUUUCUUCCUUCUCCUUCUUCUUCUUCUUCUUCUUUUUAUCUAUUCUCUUUCACUCCAUUCCUGCCGGAGAGGUGAAACUACGAGGGCACUUCGGCGACGUGUGUUUUUUGCUGGGCUUUAUUUUUUGCGUGUCAGUGGUUUUUUUUUUUUUUUUUUUUUUUUUUUUUCCCUUUUUUUUUUUUUUUUUGGUUGGUCCCGAUGAGUUUUAUUUAAAAAAUAUUAGAUAUACAAUUGUGCUCUUCAGUUUUUUGCGCUCUCCCACUCGUGAGGACAGGAGUAAAAAGGGAGGAAAGGAAGAGGAAAAAAGAAGGGGGAUUAUUUCACGCUGCACUCCGGAUCGCCCGUUCCUUAUAUUGUUUUAUUAUUUCUGCAGCUCCGCUCGAACGCUCUCCUGCCUCCUCGCUGGCUAUUUUUGUUUUUUCAACACAGAUUUGUGUGCAUUUUUGCUCAUCAUCCCUCCUUCGCCGUUUCUCCUCCGAGCUUGGGCUUCCUGAAUGGCUGACUGCAGUGUACCUUGGAACUGGCCUCCCGACUCCUGCACAUCCUGAUCGGGUCCCGUCCGCCGCGCUCGGCGCUCUGAAUGUAUCGAUCGUCCGCGGCGCCCCGCUCCGUCCUGCGCGACCGCCCGACCGCCCGCCCGCCUGCCUGCCCGUCCGCCCGCCCGCUGAGAUUUGACAUUGAACGCGCGAGUGCCUGAAAGAGCCCCUCGCUUGUUUUUUUUUUUUUUUUUUACCUCCUCCCCUCUUCAUUUUUUUUUUUUUAAAUUUUAUUUUUGUUUCAUUUUAUUUGCGCGCCGUGCUUUCGCUCCUCGAACCGUCCCAGCGAUCAGCUCGCUCCACAGCACUUUCCGGGCCCGAGAUAUGGCAAUGGUAGUUAGCGUCUGGCGAGAUCCGCAGGAGGACGUGGCCGGAGGAACUCCGAGCGGCCCUAACCCAGCAGCUCAGCCGGCGAGGGACCAACAGCAGGCGGCGUCGGCGGCCCCGCACACCCCGCAGACCCCCAGCCAGCCGGGACCCCCUUCGACGCCGGGGACCGCGGGGGACAAGGGACAGGGACAGAACUCCGCGCAGAACCAGCAGCAUAUCGAGUGCGUGGUGUGCGGGGACAAGUCCAGCGGGAAGCACUACGGUCAGUUCACCUGCGAGGGAUGCAAAAGUUUCUUCAAGAGGAGUGUCCGGAGGAACCUAACGUAUACAUGUCGUGCCAACAGGAACUGUCCCAUCGACCAGCACCACCGCAAUCAGUGUCAGUACUGCCGCCUCAAGAAGUGCUUGAAAGUGGGCAUGCGGCGCGAAGUUCAGCGAGGACGAAUGCCUCCAACCCAACCGAACCCGGGCCAGUACGCGCUGACGAACGGGGAUCCCCUGAACGGCCACUGCUAUCUGUCCGGAUACAUCUCGUUGUUGCUGCGGGCCGAACCGUACCCCACGUCCCGAUACGGCAGCCAGUGCAUGCAGCCCAACAACAUCAUGGGCAUCGAGAACAUCUGCGAACUGGCGGCCCGCUUGCUCUUCAGCGCGGUGGAAUGGGCCAGGAACAUCCCUUUCUUUCCCGACCUGCAGAUCACAGACCAGGUGUCUCUUCUCAGGCUCACUUGGAGCGAGUUGUUUGUGCUCAACGCGGCCCAGUGCUCCAUGCCGCUGCACGUGGCCCCGCUGCUGGCCGCCGCCGGCCUCCACGCCUCCCCGAUGUCCGCGGACCGGGUCGUGGCUUUCAUGGAUCACAUUCGCAUCUUCCAGGAGCAGGUGGAGAAGCUCAAGGCGCUGCACGUGGACUCGGCAGAGUACAGCUGCAUCAAGGCGAUCGUGCUCUUCACAUCAGACGCCUGCGGCCUGUCGGACGCGGCUCACAUCGAGAGCCUGCAGGAGAAGUCCCAGUGCGCCCUGGAGGAGUACGUGAGGAGCCAGUACCCGAACCAGCCGAGCCGCUUCGGGAAGCUCUUGCUGCGCCUGCCCUCCCUCCGCACCGUGUCUUCAUCCGUCAUCGAGCAGCUCUUCUUCGUGCGCUUGGUAGGUAAAACUCCCAUUGAAACCCUCAUCAGGGAUAUGUUGUUAUCCGGGAGCAGCUUCAACUGGCCUUACAUGUCCAUCCAAUGAUCCAAAAAAGAGGAGAAAGAAAAGGACCCGAAAUACAGCAAGUGGAACGAGAAGACUCUCUCUCUAUACAGAAUGUGGGUUCAGAAAACCCAGCGAGGCAGAACUUUGAGGACUGGAAUGAAAUGGAAUGGAGUGGAAUGAAAUGGAAUACAUCAUGUACAGAACCUAAAGAACUGGACUUGCUCUUGUGUCAAUCCACUCUCGUCUGCAAGAACUACUCCUUACUUUGUAAAUUACUAGUCUUUAUUUUCCAUUUUGUAAAAAAAAAAAAAUUAAAAAAAAAUAAAAAAAAAAAUUACAAAUAAAAUGAAAAACAUCGUAUGCGCAGUAAAAAAAAAAGAAUCAAGACUUAGCAGGAAAAUAAUGUUUCCAAGCAAUUAUAAGAAAUGUCCUGUGUCUCUGUAUCUGUUUUGUAUUUUUUUCUGGUUCUAAACCAGGUCUCUGUGAUUCUAUACUAAUAAUUUUUAUAUAACCUUUUGCUUCUUAUAAUGAGUGCGAUAUAUGUUGUCCAAGCUAUGUUCUCCAAGAAUUAAAAUUGAAGUGAGAAUUUAAAAAGCAGAAAAAUAAAGGAAUUUAGACAUAAGAAACUGUCUAAUCGCUAUGACAAUAUUACCGCUGAUGGUUGAACUUUUUUCAAGAUCCCCACGGACGCGAAGCUCUGCGAACUAAACUCCAUGGACUUUGAAAGAAAAGAACCACGCGUGAAACUUUCCUUCAUCAUGAGUGUGUUUGGAGUUCGAUCAUCGGUAACAAAAAAGACGAAAAGAGAAAACAAAGCACUUUUAAUAUAUCGUUUCAAAUACAUUUUGUUUGUUUCGUCCUGAAAUUCCCACUGUUUCUUGCAUUUUAUUGGCUGUUGCCUCGAUUUGCUGAUUCCACAAUGCAGCUUUUUUUGCAGAAGGGUCGCUUGGUGAAGAGUUGUGUGAUGGUGACACUGUACUAUUAAAAACAUGUAGGCAACUAUGAAUUGCUCUCAAGAACUUUCGUGUGCUGCUGUAGAUGACAUGUCUCUGAAGUGGCGAGGGGAAUCCUGCAAACAAACACUCCUCGGAGCACCAUUUCCACUCUGCUGCGAGUUACCCUACAGUGUACAUCAAUAGACGAUGGAUGACACACUUGCUCUCGUAGGAAUACAACCAUUUGAGGGGUUUGGUUUCACACGGAGAUCAAAUAAAACUUGUGUACGAGCCAUCAGUGCCAGUCACCGAAGUUUAACCGUAAUAUUUCAAAUUUUCCCCGACAGCUCUGGGAGAAAGAACAAUAUCAUGGAAUAUUUAUUGAUCUUUCCUUCCACCUCCUUUACAAGGGCCACGAUUUAAAUGAGCGGGCGAUGAACAGCCACUAAUCCGCGAUAAUUGUUACAGUAUAACAGUGCUAUUGUUUCAAUGUGGCAUCGGCGUUAG